AGGCUACAAAAUAAAUAAGAAGCGACCUGCACGACCCCGCCACUUCCUCGUCAAUCUACCACCAUCUAUCGAUCUCCCACCCACGCGACACAAUCAUGGCCACCAAUCCCACCACCAAGCCCCAGGCAAUCGUCAUAGUCCACGGCGCAUGGCACUCGCCCUCCCACUAAUCCGACUUCACGACCGCUCUCCGCAAGCGCGGCCACGAGGUCCACGUGCCGCGCCUGCUGACCAUGAACGGCGUGCGCCCGCCCAACGCUCACCUCGAGGACGACACUGACCUGAUCCGCACCUACGUCGAGAGCCUGGUCGAGGCCGGCCGCGAGGUCAUCGUGCUCAUGCACUCCUACGGCGGGCAGGUGGGCACCAACGCACUCACGGGCCUCUCGACCGCCCAGCGCGAGGCCCAGGGUCUUUCCGGGGGCGUGAGCCAGCUCGUAUACAUUGCCGCCUUCGCUGUGACCGAGGGCACAUCGAUGAUUGAUGUCGUCGAGGCGCACGGCCACGGCGAAUACAUGCCGCUCGCUUUCGACUUCGCAGAGGACAAGACGACCGUCAGUCGGGAUCCUAAGGGUCUGAUCGUGGGGCCGGGGCGGUCCGACGAGGAGCUCGAGGCCUAUGUCGCGGCAUUCCGGCCCCAUAAUGGUGGGGCCUGGUAUGAGAAGGUGCAGCGCUGUGCGUGGCGCGAGGUCCCGCGGGUGGCGUACAUCCAAGCGACGUUGGAUAUGAAUGUGCCGCUUCAGUAUCAGAAGGAUCUUGUGGAGGUGAUGGAGCGGGAGACGGGGCGUCCGGUGAGGACGUUUGAGGUGGAGACCGGUCAUUGUCCGACUUUCACGAAGUCGGAGGAGGUGGCGGCGAUUGUGCAUGAGUUGGCGGUUGGGAAUUGAGAUGGAUAGGGCGGGACCCUGGGGAGUUUUCUUCGUUGAUUGUAGGAAAUUGGACUGCUGCUCUGGCGGAUUAUCAUUGGCGGUCAUGUACCACACG